CAGCCGGCUAGCCGGCUGACGCGCCCGACCCCGCCUCAGGUCUGCGGCCGUCGGGCUCAGUGCAUGCCGGGAGUUGUAGUUUUCAGCGCCUGAGGGCUCUACUAGGAGAGGAUGGGCGGCCCGGGCGGCUUUGGCAGCAGCGUUUCCGCCGGGCGUUCGUUCCCGAGACCCUGUCCCGGGCUUCACUUCACAUCUCCGCGACCCCGCCUCGCCUCGGCCCGGAGCCUCUCCCCUCGCCGGGGCCGGAGGCGCAAGCGGGGGCGGGCCUCUGCGCCGAGCGGCCAAUGGGGACCGAGCCUGGCGGCCGGGGCGUGGCGGCCCCGGCUCGACGCCUCCAGUGGCGGUUGUUUCAAGAUGGCGGGCGCGGCGGGCCCCUCCCUGCCGGGCUCCGCGUUCUGGAGCCGCGACUUUUCUGAUGAAGAACAAUCAGUGGUUUAUGUUCCAGGAAUCUCCACAGAAGAAAAUACAAGAUCAAGACUGAAGUUGAUAAAUCCAAAAGCUGAUGUUAAAGUUAAGGGUUCCAGGGAGACUAACACUUCCGUCUUCAUGGAGUCUUUAAAAGGAGCAGGAGAUUCAGUAGCUGAACAGAAUUUCUGCAAGAGAGGAGUGAAGAGUGCAUCAUUGAAAGAUUUAUGCCUUGAAGACAAAAGACGCAUUGCCAACUUAAUUAAAGAACUGGCCAGAGUGAGUGAAGAAAAGGAGGUGACAGAGGAACGACUGAAAACUGAGCAGGAGUCCUUUGAGAAGAAGAUCCGGCAGUUAGAAGAACAAAAUGAACUGAUCAUCAAAGAAAGGGAAGCUCUUCAGCUACAGUAUAGAGAAUGCCAAGAACUUCUAAGUCUCUACCAGAAGUACCUAUCAGAGCAGCAAGAGAAGCUUACCAUGUCCCUCUCAGAGCUUGGAGCUGCUAGAGAGCAGGAGCAGCAGAUAACCAAGAAGAAAAGCACUCACCAGUGUUCAUUGAUGGGCCUGGAUGGUUCAUAUCUGAGUGUAGCCAAACCACAAACCUACUGUCAGACCAAGGCAAGGCCUAAGUCAGCCAACCAGAACUCAGCUUCAGAAUCCCUUACAGAAUUAAGGAAUAAUUCUUUGAAACCAAUGGCACUUCAUCUUCCCAAAGAGGACUUAGAGAGGAUGUCAACAGAAACCAGAACAUGUACUUAUGAAUCUCCAGGGAGGAGACUGAUAAAUGCAGCCCCAAUGGAGAAAGCUCUCCCAGAAGAGUUGAAGAUAAAGGACUAUCCAAGCCUUCCGCCUACUCCAUCUAGUCAGUACUGUGGUCAUAAAUGCUCUGAAAGUGAAGCUUAUGUUCAUGAGAACAAUCACCCUACAAACACAGCCCCUCAAUGUUGUAAGGCACAUCCAGAAUCAUGUAGUCAUUGUAGGAUGUCCUGGGCAUCUCAAAUGCAUGAUCGAGUGACACUGCAACCCAGAGAAAUUGACUUUGAAAAGCAACUCUCAGAAGAUCGAAGGCAACAGCUACUGCUUCAGAAAAUGGAACUGGAAAUUGAAAAGGAACGCCUUCAGCAUCUCCUGGCCCAACAAGAGACAAAACUUCUCCUUAAACAGCAGCAGCUGCACCAAUCCCGACUAGAUUACAAUUGGUUAAGAACUCAAGCUAUGUUUAAAUCUCGAGAGCUGGUUGCCAAUAAAGAGAUUCCUAAACCUGAUCUGCAUAUUAAUGGGAGUGACUCUGGACCAAGUUUAUUGAAGCCGAAAUGUGAUGGAUGGCUGCGUGGAACCUCAUCAUCCUUUAAAAUGUGCCCAGACUCUCCAAACAGUGGGCAAAACCGGAGGGAGAAGAAAACUGUUGAGUUUCAGUCACAUGUGGAGAAUGGCAUCCGAUGGACAUGUCAACAGAAUGAUGCAUGCGGAGCCCAGAGAGAGACAGCAGCAGGAGUUAGAAAAGAUGCAUCCACAUCUCCAAUGUCAACACGAAGCCCUAAGGACCCCCUGGCACCAGCUUCCUCCACGUCACAGCACAAAACCUCCAGGUAUGAGACAUCUCUUUUGGAUUUGGUUCAGUCUCUGAGCCCAAAUUCUGCUCCCAAGUCUCAGCCCCAUCCCUCCAGAGCAGCAAGGACAUGGAGUUCUCUCCGACCUACCCCUCAGAAAUCUACCUGGAAGAAAGUGGGGACCCAUAGGAGCCCUGAAGAUCUGGAGGAGAAUCAGAUUCUGGAAGACAUAUUUUUCAUAUGACUCUGAAGCACAUGCUACAGAAGUUCCACAGGAAAUAGUUGGGUUCCUUUCCAUAUUGAUGUAGGGUGUUAAAUUGGAAAGUAGCCUAGUCUCUCUUUUCAUGGAGACCUCUUGCUGGCAGCCUUUUAUGGUAUUGAAUAUAGAAACCAUUCUAAUAAAUCAGGGGAUUUUUUGUCAGUCCAGUCAGGAGAAACAGACUAAAGGAGGUCGCUUAGGGGUCGGAUCUUUUCUAGACCAAACAGAAAUUAGAAUUUAGGGUACUUUCUGUGUGGCAGACUCAACGAAUAUCUAGUGUCAUUUUAAGAGUCUUUUCAAUUUACUAGUGCAAAAAGUUGACUCUUUACAGAAGGAAAACCUUCCCAUUGACAGAUCUCUAAAAUAUGAAAGUGGCCACUUCAGAAAGGCUCUUCUCUUCUCACUAACACUAAGUGUGGCUCUUCAUUCUGAAAUUGAAGUUGAUGACCCUAAUAUCGUCUUACAUGGAACCAGUACUUGUAGGUCAUAGUGAUUAUCAACAUGAUCAUUGUCACCCCUUAAACCCAAAGUCUUAAUGACUUAGAGGGAAGUUCCCAACUAGACAGUGGCAUUAAACCAACCACAUGUGUGAAUGGCUGCCUGGGGAAAUUUACCUCUCUAGUGUCCCAUCAUGGAUGUUUCUUGUUGACUUCAGUGUAAGUUGCUGUUCUUGUAAACUUUAUCUGUGGUUGUGUCUGAGGAAGAUGGAACUAGAGAAAGUGAUAUCAAGUGGCUGUAGGUUAGCAGGCUCCUUCUGCCCCCACCUCACUCCAUAAGGAUGAAUAGUCCUACUCUGAGCACCUGUGGAUGCACUGAGUCUAAGAAAGCUCUGCUGAUUAUCCUUCUUGACCCAGAUCUCAAUCUUUUCUUUUCAGGCUGAGCUCAGUCCUGUUGAGUCUUCUCAGCCUGCCCUCCCUUUGAGCCUCUCAAUCCCAUACUCUUCUCUGAGGAAAAUGCAAGGGCAAGACUAAUUACUUAUAGUCAUUCCCUAUGGAAAUUGAAAGUUCAUUGCAGAUUCCAAUUUCCUUUUCAAAGUCACCCUGAGAGUAUCUAGAACAGGCUUAUUCCAUUUCAAAGCACCUUUAGGAUAUGUCUUUGGAGUGGUAAAAAUGGCCAUUUUCUCAGUUGGGUUUCCAGAAACAUCUUUUCUCUAUCUUGUGUAUCAAAGACAGCUUAAGUAUACCUAUUUCUUUAGACCCGCUGUAACUACAGUCACCUUUCAAAGCAUCAGUAGUUUUACUACUUCAGUAUGUCUCCAGAAGGAAAAGAAAGAGAAUCUGAUCUCUUUAAGAAUAUUAUUUACCUGUAGAAGACUUAUAAACAGCCUAAAAACUAAAGCUAUUUUUUGUGAUAGCAUGCCAGUGAAUGGAAUUUAAUUGCUUCUUCACCAGCAUGGGAAGUAUGGAAGAGAAAAAAAAGUUUUCAGGGGAGUAUCAGUCAGCACUCUUUUCAUAUUUCACAGCCCUGCCAGUUGCCUUCUUUGUCUUGCAGGCAUUUCUCUGUGUGUGUGCCUGCACACAUGCAUACACACAGACACACACACACACACACACACACACACACACACACACACACAUACACAAAACCUAGUGACUUUGUUAUUAACUGGAUGGUGUAUGUUAACAUUUUAAUCUGUAUUAAAUUUCCUUUGAGAUAUAUGUGUUGUUGUAGAGUAUUGGGGCUUGCGCUGAUUGUAGCCUAUCCUACAGAAGAAUGGGAAGAAAGUAGAAGCCAUGAGCCUCCCCUGAUAAUGCUUUCUUCAGUGGUUGGCUGGGACUUGUGUGGCCAGCACCUAGAUGUUUCCUCUAAGCAAAACUGCACUUAGUAAUGAAAAUUUGGUUUAACAAGAUUCACCAAAGUCACCAGAUAGGAGCAGUUCAAACCCAGAGGUGGAGAUGGGGGUCACUGUUCUUUUCUUUACUUCUCACUUCUCUUUCCUAUUUUGAGUCACUAUCUAAACUCUCAAGACCCUUUUCUACUGUCCAGUCAUUAUUUAUCAGCCACAUGGAUUGGUAGCACAUGAGAGCAGUGGGAAGAAAGAAGGAAAGGAAAUAGGCCUAAUUCCAUUUACAGCCUUGGUACGAUGCCAUGUCCCACUCAGCUCUCUCAUAAAGGAGAAAAGGUGGGCCAGAAGAGAGAACUGGAGAUGGCAGGCCAUGGGACACUUCCACUGCUCCCUCCCCAGUCCCGUAUCUACAGUGGUUAACAUUGUCUUCCAAAUUUAAGAUUUCUAACUCCCCUACUUAAAAAUACAAACAACUCCCCAGGGCUUACAGGACAAGGGGCACAGCCCCAGAGAGGCACAUCAGAGCUCUCUGUCUCUGGCCCCAUGUCCCUCUGCUGCAUCACCUGCCCCCAUUACCUUCUCUCCUUUGUUCACCAUUGUGGCUUGCUACUGUUAGAUAUGUCCCAAUGACACACUUCUCUUUCCAGGUCCUUCAGGGUAAAUAACUUGAGACUAAGUUGUUACUACUUUGUGAAAUUUUCCUUAUGUUCCUGGCACUGUGUACUGCUGGCUCUAGUAAGAUUUGCAGAUAUGUCCAAUCCAUAGCCUAUGGGCCACAUAUGGUCAAAGAUAGCUGUGAAUGUGGCCCAACACAAAAUUGUAAACUUACUUAAAACUUUUUGAGUCGUGUUGUUAUUUUUGUUUUUCACUUUUUGUGUGUAACUUGAUUGUGUAGCUCUCAAACAUGAAUAUUGUAUAUAAUAAAUCAUGUCAUCAUGUUGCAGUAUCAAAAGACUGGCCAUGUGGCAUGUCCAGAUCCUCCGUUAUGACCUUCCUCAUUAUGACACAUUGUACUGGGUACUUUUGUUUUUCUUAUUAGAGUUCCAGGUGGCCAGACUAACAUGUGCUAUGUUGGAGAAGCCAACUUCACCAUUUGCAACAUACAGAUAUGCAGAUGAGUUAUUGAUACCUUCUGAGAAUGAUAAUUCUACCUCAGAUUUUAGGCCUGACCUGCUGACCUAGCCCUAAAAACCUAGACUAGAGAAAACCCAGGAUGAGAAGGUCAACGUUCCCAAGAAUGUAAAGCUGGCAGUUGGAGGGCACUGAGACACAUCUCCUUAGAAUAUGGAGCAGCCAACAGGCCCAAAGGCAGGGAGCAGUGUUAAUGUCUGAGAAAUACAGAGGUGGUUGACCAGAAAGCCUCAUUCCAGAGCUGACAGCCCCUUCCCUACUCUGUAGUCUGAUACCUGAUUGGCUGACACCAAGCUGGCACUAGCACACACAGUUGCUCACAGUGGACUGCCAACCAAAGCUCCCUCUUUCUUUUCCCCAGGUGCUGCCCCACCCUCUCCUCCACACCCUUUUCAGCUUUAGGUCCUGAGGUAGCCAGUAGGCUGCUGAGAUGAGGGAGACCAUGUGUAUCCCAGUAAGAUGAGGUGAGCCCUCAGUUUUUCAGACCUACUCUGAGAUUUUAACUUGUUGGAUUUAUGUAGCAUUGGGAAAUGGGGAACUGUAUAAAUUUUCUGUAUUUUCCAUGGACAGUUAUUUAUGGAGGGGAGUUUUUAACUCAAGUGCUAGAAAUGUUAAAUCAUCAUAAUAAAUUCAUGCUAUUCA